AUGAACAUUAAAGAUUACGCUGCGGCUAGAGCCGUUCCCGAUUCUGUGCUAGAGCGAUGGCCAAGAGCUCGAUUAGUCAAGCUCUACAAGGAAAGUCCCGUGAUGCAAAGAAGCAAUGGAAGUACCUCCUGUGAGAGAAGUGGAGGUAGUCUUGGUUUCAACAUUCUUGGAGGUGAUGGAACUGAUGGCAUCUAUGUGUCGCAUAUACAUCCAGAUAGACCUGCUGCUCGCUCGAAGGCUAUGUCAGUUGGAGAUCGGCUCUUAGUUGUUAACGGAAUUGAAGUUGUUGAAUCAAGUCAUGAAGAGGCGGCGAUUCUCUUGAAAACAGCACCUUCCCGAGUUGAUCUGGUUCUAGCUUACUGUCCAGCAGAGUACAAGAAAUUGGAAGAACAGGUUCGAGCUCAGACAGAAGGUCAAUUGGACAACGGAGAGGAGGAGGAGGAGGGUGACAGUUACAACAUAGGAGACGCUGGUCCACACAAUCGUCAUUCAAUCGAGGCGGAUGGCCUGUUCGUUCGAGUUUUGGCCGAUUUUGACCCAUAUGAAGUGAUGGAAGCCAAUCAGGUCAUUCCUCGUGCCGCAAUCUCAAUUCGUUCUGGAGAUAUCCUGCAAUUACUCAACGUCAGUGAUCGUGAAUGGUGGCAGGUGGGUAUUCAUAUUCCUUAA